UUUGCAUAGACAAUUUUGACACUUUUAUUAUGUGAAAAGUUGUUUUUGUAGAGCUUAGCUAACGACAGCGUACAUGCUUCCAGGAAUACGUUUAAGCAAGGCCAUUAUACGUAGCAGCUUCAUUUAAUAGACUGAUAAUUGCACCAGUCAAUAGUUGUUUUUCAGACAGAAUGGCUUCCACCGUGCCUGAGACGGCCCCCUAUCUCUAUCGGUGAAAAUCAAUACAAUACAGACAGAAAGAUUAUUCCUCAACCACUGGCAUUGGUCGGCAACUCUUGGAGUUUCAGGACAACUGUUCGCUGCACGUCCAGUUUUGUACCACUGUAGCUGAUUUAGACACAAACGGUGGCGUUAUUAUGAUGCAGUUUUAGUGUUGAGCUGAUCAAUGUGAGCGGUCGUGAGUAAGCAAACUUUGACCAUUCCCAAAACCAGUCCACCUCCAAGGACACAGACCUUCAGUAUUGCAAGAUGGCAGCUUUCAUCGCAAAACAGAUGGUGGGCGACCAAUUAAAGUCUGUUAAGGGAAACCUGUUUGGAGCUCUUGGAGACAAAGACGAAGGUGAAAGCAAAGAUGCCGAAGAAACGGGCGAGGAUCCCGAAAUCGUGGAAGCUCGCAGAGAGGCUGAAGAGAAGCGGAAAGAAAAGCACAGAAUCCAGGAAGCUGAAAGAGAGGAGUUACGUCAAUCAAUACGCGACAAAUAUGGUCUGAAGAAGAAGGACCCGGUAGUGGAGGAGCAACUGAUGACGGAGGGCCGGAUCGGCCGCAAGAAGAAGUCUCCCGCGGAGCUGGCCGCAGAGAACAAUGAAGAGGAAGAUGAGGAUGAAUUCUCAACCUUUCCCACAAAUUUAAGCGAACUCCAAUCUAAAGUGAGUGAUCUGCCAUCUAAAAUUGCUGACAGUGUAGGGGACAUAACUCAGAAGUGUGUUGUCCAGUAGCCAUUUUCAUUUUUUAGAAACUUUUGCCUUAGUCCUAUAUAUGCAACAGAGAAGAAAAGAUUGUGGGACAGGGUAUGUAGGUGAUCAGCAUUUGCUAUGAUGCAGUUUGUUCCCGAGGAAUACCGUUAUCCACCACGUGACUCCACACACACUUUACUGUGAAGCAUAAUGGGUCAAGGAUAGAGCCAUUUAUGUUUAAUAUUUCUGUUCUACGACAUUGUGUAGUAAAUUGUGCAGGUACAACAUCUCAUUCAGGCAACAUGAGUCAGUGUGUUUAGUUUCGAUGACGUCAUCACUUUUUGGACCAGUCUAGUUGAUGAGGAUAUAGAGCUGUAUUAUUGAAAGGAGGAAUUCUUUUGUUAUAAUUCUCAAUUCAGAAUGCUCUAGUUUUACUUGUUUUAAUUGCUGUCUUUUGUUUUUCUGUAAUGUUUCCAUUGAUGUUUUUAAUCAGGUCUUAAAUUGACUUUGUUUAAAAAGUCUAUGGACUUUGUUUUGUAUAGAGAUAAUAAUUCUUAAUACACAAAAUAUUAUUUCAUUUUGAUUUGUACAUACAAUGUCACGAAAAUGAAAUAUUAAAAGUAAUGAAAAUUAAUUAAACUGCAGAGAUGUCUGGAUUUUCAGAAUUAGAUAUUUAGUGCCACUUUACAAGUGUUCCUGGUUUCAUUCUCUGAUGAAAGGAUCACAAUAUUUAUUCUACUUUUAAAGACCUUGCAAUAUUUUCUUGAUUAGUUUUUUUUGGGGGGUCCAUGGUAAUUUUCAUCUUUGAUAUUGCGUAUAUCAUUAUUCAUCUACAAGCUGCCGGUCCAAUGUAAUUUAAAGUCACAUUAUUCAGUGGAACUCAAAGUGACAUUAUUCAGUGGAACAUGAGGUGGUAUUAUUCACUGAUCCAGAAUCAAAAGACUUAGUGUAGUAUAAUUUCUAGUAAAUAACUUCUGGUUCUAAAAGGACCAAAAUUGUAAUUUUAUUUCCUUUUAUUUAUUUUCACUUUUGAAAUAAGGCAGUCUACAAAAUAUUACAUGCUAAAAGUUGGAAAGUCAAAAGUUAUAUGGUGACUGUCAAUUAUUUUUAAUGUAAAAGUUAAAAUCGCAUAGAUCACCAGAAUUAUUCUGCAAGUGUGUUAGGUGCACGACUUCAGACAAUAUCCUCCAGACUUGCAGUGCCGCCUGACACAAUAGAAACACCUGUAUUUAAAAGGCGAGUAACACUGGCAGGUCUUAUUUGUGGUAUUCAGGACACAAGUAUACUGAACACCAUAAGAAAUGCAAAUAUAAUUUUCAUCUGUAAAAUUUAAUUUAGUUUUUUAAGAGGGGAUUAACAUGCAUUGAGAUCCCGGAGAAUUACAGGUUGAUAUACCUUUUAUCAGUUCACAGAAUUACAGGUUGAUAUACCUUUUAUCAGUUCACAGAAUUACAGGUUGAUAUACCUUUUUUCAGUUCACAGAAUUACAGGUUGAUAUACCUUAUAUCAGUUCACAGAAUUACAGGAUAUUAAACGAUCUUCCAUUUCAUAUCAUGUUCAUGUCCCGAGUGAAAUAAUUUUCAAUUGUCACAAGCUUUUGCGAAUGACAAUGAACAUUAUUUCACAAGGGACAUAAGCAUGAUAUGAAAUGGUAGCAAG